AUGCGUGCCAGUUGUGGGUCCCCAGGAACCGUGGGCGUGGGGCACUGCGCCAUCGAGGCACUGGCAGGCCGCCUCCCCGGGGCCGGACGGCGGGGCGUCCCCACCACCACGCAGACAGAGCAGCCGACCCGAGACAGUCUCAGCCCAGUGCCGCACUCGGUGGAGCCGGAGCGAGUCCACCUCCCCCGAGGCCCCGGGCAGGUGCCACGCCGCGGGCCUGCUCCUGGAAUUCCGAGUCCCGGCGAGAGACCGGGCUGCAGCAGACCGGAUUUUAAACCCCAGCGGCCCGGGCUGAGCAGUUGGGCGCUCCGGAUUUACUUCCGCAGCGGAGCAAGACGAACCCUUAGCGCCGGCAGCACAUGCCCGAGGCUUCAGGACCGUUCCUUCGGAGAGAGCGCGUGGGCGGGGGGGGGCGCACAGAAACGCAGCUCCUCGAGAAACCGAGCCCCGCGGGACCCGAUGCCAUUUCAGGGCUGGUUCGGGACCCGGCUCCGAGACGCGAGCUCGGCGGAGCCCACGACGCCCGCCCCCGCCAUGGCGCGGCUCCUGUCCCCGCGAAAUGCGCGUGCCCGAGCCCCUCCAGAACCAGCCGAGGCUCCUCUCACUCCAGACUCCCCCGACAGGGAGCCCCUCGGCGAAGGGGCCCUGGGAGCUCUCGGGGAGCCUCGGUUCGCCCGCACCGCAGAGGCGGCCGGGACAGCCGGCCGCGACCGCCUGCGCUGGGCACCACCUUGCCAGCAGCCUGUGGCCAGCAGAGCGCCCGUGACCGCACUGCUGCCCCCACGCCUCGAGGGACCCUGGAUCUCCACUGGCUGCGAGGUGCGCCCUGGGCCGGAGUUCCUCACCCGAUCCUACACCUUCUUCCCCGGCCGCCUCUUCCGAGCCUACCAGUUCUACUACAGGGACCCCCUCUGCCGGGAUCCUGCCCACUCGCUGGUCAUCAAGGGCAAGGUCCGCCUGCGCCGGGCCUCCUGGGUCACCCGGGGCGCCACCGAGGCCGACUACCACCUGCACAAGGCCGGCAUCGUCUUCCACAGCCGCCGCGCCCUGCUCGAAAUCACCGGGCGCCUCAACCGGACCCAGGCGGGCCGGGACUGUGCCCAGCAGCUGCCCCCUGCCCGGGCCUGGGUGCCCGGUGCCCUUUAUGAGCUGCUGAGCGCCCGGGCGGAGAGGGACUGCAUGGCCGCCCUGGGCUUCACCAUGCACGAGCUCAGCCUGGUCCGCGUGCAGCACCGCCUGCAGCCGACGCCCCGGGCUGGGCCCCGGCUGGUGGAGGAGCUGUACCUGGGGGACAUCCACACCGACCAGGCGGAGAGGCGGCACUACCGGCCCACCGGCUACCAGCGCCCCCUGCAGAGCGCCCUGCACCACGCCCGGCCCUGCCCGGCCUGCGGCCUCCUCGCCCACGCCGACGAGCACCACCCGCCCGUGCUGCCCGCGCAGACGGCCCUGCCCCUGCGCCUCGGCGGCCGCUGGGUCAGCCCCGGGUGCGAGGUGCGCCCCGCCGUGCUCUUCCUCACCAGGCUCUUCACUUUCCACGGGCACGACCGCUCCUGGGAGGGGCACUACCGCCACUUCUCGGACCCCGCCUGCCGGCGGCCCACCUUCACCGUCCACGCGGCCGGCCGCUACACCGGGGGCACGCCGUCCGCCAAGGUCCCCGGCGGCACCGAGUUGGAGUUCCAGGUCACAGAGGCUCGCGUGACCCCCAUGGACCAGGCCACCACGGCCAUGCUCAACUCCUCUGAGCCAAGCAGCUGCGGGGGCCCGGGCACCUGGUCCCCGGGGACAGAGCGGGAUGUCACGGCCACCAACGGGUGCCUGCCUCUGGGCAUCAGGCUCCCCCACGUGGAGUAUGAGCUCUUCAGGAUGGAGCGGGACCCCCUCGGGCAAAGCCUGCUCUUCAUCGGACAGAGGCCCACCGACGGGUCCAGCCCCGACACCCCCGAGAAACGCCCCACCUCCUACCAAGCGCCCCUGGUGCUCUGCAGUGGGGCGGCCAGGGACUUUGCCCGGCCCCCACAGCACAGGCCUCUGCUGCAGACGCCCCGUCUCCACAGUGGGGGGCGCUGUCCUCAAGGGGCCCCUCUGCUCCUCCUGCUCCUGGUUCGCAGCCCGGCCUUCCUCCAGUGGCUAUGA